AUGGAGCUUUUGACAUCAUUUAUUGAUGAGGCCAACUGUAACAAUUGCUUUGGAAACCUGAUAGUUAUCAGUGCUGCCUGUAUCGCCUUGGAUGCGAUGGAUAAGAAAGCAGGCGUUGGGGCAGUGCUUCCUGACAACCUAGUUAUGGUUCUGGAUGUUAUCACUUUCGCACUACGCAAAAUGCACACCAAAUGUUACGACAACGUACGUGUAUAUCGAAAAAAUUGUACACAGGCAAACUACGACGUCCUACAGACGAACAAGCUUUUGGAUGACCCCAGCUGCAAACCCAUUGCCAGAGCGCAGAUUACGGGCAUCCACCUUGCCAUUGAACGGCUGGCACGUCAAUCAUCAACUCUGGCUCUGCAAGGCAAUCUUGCAUCCAAAGCAUCGAGAACGCGGUUGCUUAGAACCCUUGCAGGUUUUUGGAAGGUUCAGAUGCCCUUAGCGCUCAAGCGCAUGUCGGACACCGCGGUCUGA